GUUUCAGUUCUUUGAUACUUUAUGCUAAUUGUUAUUUUUAUUCUUCAUUUUUUUUUAAUUAUAGUCCAGUUUGAGUGUUUUUCAGGAAUGGAUCUUCAUGAUAAUGACCAGGAAGUUCCUGAGCAACUGAACAUUAAACCAGUGAAAUGACUGUUCCUGCUAAUGGCCUCAGAGGCACCUCUUGUAUAACCCAGAUCCUUGUAUCUCAGUCCUCUUACAUGUGUCCUUAACCAGAUUCUUCUGGAUUAACUGAGAGUUUAGAUAGGAAUAUUUGUCAUUAUUAAAGGGGAUGAAAAUGAAGGCAUUUGCAGGUGUUGGUAAAAAUUGAUGUAAGUUUUGCAGCAUUUAAUCUAAAAACAAUUGAUUUAGUUGUCGAGUACAUUUUAUUAGAAAUAAUCAUGGUUACCUGUUAUUUUUUAUCAGUUUCAUCUUUUUUGUAAAUCAGUAAUGGCACUAGCUGACCUUCUCUGCUUUCUUCUGCUAGAUGAGAAAGUAAAAAUAUUUGCAGUCCUAGGAACAUUAGCUAUAGAAGGCAUCAGUAGUAUAGAUGUUAACAUUUUAUUAGGGGAAGCAAACCUCUUGAGUAAAUGUUUUUUGGAUGCUAAUGAAGGCUGGUUUCAUAAUAGCCGUUCGAGAUCCCAAAGGAGCGUAUGAACUCCGUAGGUAAAGUGUAGAUCCGAUCAUGAUCUUAGGAUUUCACUGAACUCUGAUGAAUGUUUGACAAUUAUAACAUUUUGGAUUUUAUGUACCAAGAGAAAUAAUAGUAUAUUAAAAGCAGGUCAUAAAUCUGUAGAGACAAAGUAGAAGUGAUUGCUGAAGACUGGGGCAAUGGAGCAAGAGGGGAACAAUGCUAGAGAAUACUGGGUUUCUUUUUGGAGUGAUGAAAAUGUGCUAAAAAUGACUGUUGAUGGUUUUGCAUACCAAUAAUAUACUAAAAACCAUUGAAUUGUACAUUUUAAAUGGGUGAAUUGUAUAGUAUGCAAAUUAUAUCUCAAUAUAGCUGUUUAAAAAAUAGUAUGUGACCUAGCCACCACACUGAGCAAUAAAAAAAUUUUUGCUUCUAAGAAAAUUUAAAAUGCAGGCCUGUAUUUUAGUGUCUAGAAAAUAAAUUUUAUAAUUAGACUAUUAGCAGAUUAUUUUAGCUACCAAUAGGACAAAGUAGUGACACCUUUAGGGGGACAAAGAUAAAAGAGUUUAGAGCACCCAGCCCUGUUACCAGUUGCAGACUAAUAGUCUCAAACUAAAAUACAAGUUUGAAUAAUAGAAGGCCUUUCUCUGAACACAUGGAGCCAAAUGUUCCAGAAUGUGCCUCUUUGCAGUUUUGUAGAGUGUCCAAGGUUAUACACUGAACAACAUUGAAGCAUAUAGGCAUCACACCUGAUUAUUAACCUGGAGAGUAAUUUUUUUUCUUGUAAGUACAUUCUACUCUUAUCUGCUUAUUCCCAUCACUAGGUAAACACUGUGUUUCUCAUAUUUUGUUUUUGUUUUUUUUUUUGUAGUCCUUCAUCUGAAGUAUUAAGCAAACACUGAUUUCCUCUUUGCAUUUAAGAAUGUGUCUUGUUUAUACACUGAUUUAUCAGAUCAGUUUUGUUUUCUGUCAGACUUCUGUUUAACUUAAAAUUAUCUGAUCUUUGAACUUCCUAAUUAUCUCUUGUACCAUAUCUGCAUAAAAGUCUGUCUUCAAGCUAUUUGUCAUCCUGGGAAUAGAAGUUCAAUUGUUUUUCCUUGUGUUCUUGGAGUAUGUUUGCGAUAAAGCACUGGGUUUGGUCAUAUUACUCAGAGUUGAUAGGUUCCUACGAAAGUACUCUCUUUCCCUUUCUUUGUGUGUUUCCUUUUUGGUUUUCUGUUAAAAGCAACGUUUCCUGAUAAUAGAACUUAAGAUUCUGUUUACUCUUUCUUCCCUUUCAAUCAUAAAGAAACUCCUGUAACUCAAAUACCAAACUAUUUUAGAUGCUUUGUUUUUACCUUCCUUAGUUCACAUUUUUGAAUAAUUAGAAUUUUUAUCACUGUACAUUUAAGCAAUAAAAUGAUUCUUCUCAUUGGAACCAAAAAUAUAUUUAUCAUUAUUAUAUACUUUACAGAUUAAACUUAAAAAUGAAUUUGUAACAUUUUAAAAGUCACAAAUUUUCAAUAAGUAUACAAAGGCUUUUUGGAAGUUAAGAUAGUUUUUAAAAAAGUUUUACAGUUUCCAGUUGUGUACAGUAAUUCAGAGGAAGGGUUCCGUCUAACUUAGGCCCCAUGUGGAUUUCCACACAUUCUGAGAUAUUACCUGCCCUCUUAUGUGAUGGCUCUUAAAAACAAAACAAAUGAACAAAAAAACCGUUUACUCAAUAAGAUUUUACUAAGAAAGCUGUUUAGCAGAACAUUGACAUUAUACAUAGGACAGGUAUCAAUAUUUGCUGAUAAAAUACCCCAAAAGGAACCCAGAAGUGACUGCUCCAGCAGCUGAACCCCUCCAGUGUUUUUACAAUGUGUUUGUUAUAUAAAAGAAGAAUUUGGUCUUUUUCAAAAUCCUUCUGUAUCGUAAAAAAAAAAAACAAAAAACAAGUUACUGAACUCCUGUAGACUCUCUCCACCGGGUUUCUGUGGUUUAUGAGACCGCACCAGCCCAGGGCAUGCUGGUACGUCACACUGAUCAGCAGCCAGCCACCUACGGCAAGAAUUGACCACCUCGUGGGAUCUAAAAUUUAAAGGGGCAAAAGUGAGUUGCAAAUUGGUAAUGUGCUGACUGCCCGGUUUUGCUUGGAAAUUCAAAGGCAUUUAGGACCCAUUUCUUUGGUCACUGGAAUGUGGUUAAAAUUCCUUUACAAGUAGAACUAUGUUGAUGGUGUUACCAACACUUACAGAUACUAACAUACUUAAUUUAAACAUCAAAGUAAAUUUUCUUUUAUGGCCUUACAAAUUAGAACACUCUAAUGAUCAGAACUCUCUGAGGUUGGCAUUAUUGAAAGGAAGACACUUUUUUGAAAAUUCUAAGAUUAAUUUCUUGUGUUGAGAGAAAUAUUCUAAAUGGAACUACAAGACUGCUAUGCUGCAUUUAGGCUUUGUUGAAAUGUCUCUAUAUUACCAUUACACCCCAGCUUAAAACAACAAGUGUUUAUUAUAUCACAGGUUCUUUGGGUCAGAAAUUGGGAUUGGCUUAGCUGGGUGGUUCUGGUACAGGGUCUCUCUCGAAGGCAUGGGCAAGAUGCCAGCUGGGGUUGCCGUCAUCUGAAAGUUUGACUGGGGCUCUUCCAAGGUGGCUCAUUCACAUGGCUGUUGGCAGGAAGCCUCAGUUGCUCUCCACGUGGGACUCUCCAUAGGACUGUUUGGGUGUCCAAAUGCCGUAGCAGCUGGCUUCUCCCAGAGCAAGUGGUCCAACAGCAAGGAGGAAGCUGCAGUACCUUUUAUGAUGUAAUCUCAGAAAUUAUGUACCGUCACUUCCACCGUACACUAUUCGUUAAAACUGGCAGCCUGAGAGGCAGAUUCCAUUCCAUGAUGUGAGAUUCCCACCACCUGUAGGUUAUAAUAAAGAUAUAAAUGAAAGUGAUGAAGUUGAGGUUUAUUCCAGAGCAAAUGAAAAAGAGCCUUGCUGUUGGUGGUUAGCUAAAGUGAGGAUGAUAAAGGGUGAGUUUUAUGUGAUAGAGUAUGCGGCGUGUGAUGCUACUUACAAUGAAAUCGUCACAAUUGAACGUUUGCGAUCGGUGAAUCCCAACAAACCUGCCACCAAGGAUACUUUCCACAAGAUCAAACUGGAUGUGCCAGAAGAUUUAAGACAAAUGUGUGCCAAAGAAUCGGCACAUAAGGACUUCAAAAAGGCAGUUGGCGCCUUUUCUGUAACCUAUGAUCCAGAAAAUUAUCAGCUUGUCAUUUUGUCCAUCAACGAAGUCACCUCCAAACGAGCACACAUGUUGAUUGACAUGCACUUUCGGAGCCUGCGCACUAAGUUGUCCCUGAUACUGAGAAAUGAAGAAGCCAGUAAGCAGCUGGAGAGUUCAAGGCAACUUGCCUCAAGGUUUCAUGAACAGUUUAUCGUACGAGAAGAUCUGAUGGGUCUAGCUAUUGGUACACAUGGUGCUAAUAUUCAGCAAGCUAGAAAAGUACCUGGGGUCACUGCUAUUGAUCUGGAUGAAGAUACCUGCACGUUUCAUAUUUACGGAGAGGACCAGGAUGCAGUGAAAAAGGCUAGAAGCUUUCUUGAAUUUGCUGAAGAUGUCAUACAAGUUCCAAGGAACUUAGUUGGCAAAGUAAUAGGAAAAAAUGGAAAACUGAUUCAAGAGAUUGUGGACAAGUCAGGAGUUGUAAGAGUGAGAAUUGAGGCCGAAAAUGAGAAAAAUGUUCCACAAGAAGAGGAAAUUAUUCCACCAAAUUCCCUACCUUCCAACAAUUCAAGGGUUGGACCUAAUCCCUCAGAAGAAAAGAAACAUUUAGAUAUAAAGGAAAACAGUGCCCAUUUUUCUCAACCUAACAGUACUAAAGUCCAGAGGGUGUUAGUGGUUUCAUCAAUUGUAGCAGGGGAAUCCCAGAAACCUGAACUCAAGGCUUGGCAGGGUAUGGUACCAUUUGUUUUUGUGGGAACAAAGGACAGCAUCGCUAAUGCCACUGUUCUUUUGGAUUAUCACCUGAACUAUUUAAAGGAAGUAGACCAGUUGCGUUUGGAGAGAUUACAAAUUGAUGAGCAGUUGCGACAGAUUGGAGCUAGUUCUAGACCACCACCAAAUCGUACAGAUAAGGAAAAAGGCUAUGUGACUGAUGAUGGUCAAGGAAUGGGUCGAGGUAGUAGACCUUACAGAAAUAGGGGGCACGGCAGACGCGGUCCUGGAUAUACUUCAGGAACUAAUUCUGAAGCAUCAAAUGCUUCUGAAACAGAAUCUGACCACAGAGAUGAACUCAGUGAUUGGUCAUUAGCUCCAACAGAGGAAGAGAGGGAGAACUUCCUGCGCAGAGGAGAUGGACGACGGCGUGGAGGCGGAGGAAGAGGACAGGGAGGAAGAGGGCGUGGAGGAGGCUUCAAAGGAAACGACGAUCACUCCCGAACAGAUAAUCGUCCACGCAACCCAAGAGAGGCUAAAGGAAGAACAACAGAUGGAUCCCUUCAGAUCAGAGUUGACUGCAAUAAUGAAAGGAGUGUCCACACUAAAACAUUACAGAAUACCUCCAGUGAAGGUAAUCGGCUGCGCACGGGUAAAGAUCGUAACCAGAAGAAAGAAAAGCCAGACAGCGUGGAUGGGCAGCAACCACUCGUGAAUGGAGUACCCUAAACUGCAUAAUACCGAAGUUAUAUUUCCUAUACUAUUUCCGUAAUUCUUAUUCCAUGUUAGAAAACUUUGUUAGGCCAAAGACAAAUAGUAGGCAAGAUGGCGCAGGGCAUGACAUGAACACAAAUUCUGUUGAGACUUUUUAUUUUUUUGUUAUUGGCUGUGAGCAACAAUUUUCAGAUUUGCACAAAAAAUAUAUUGAAUUUUGAAAUAUUGCUUUUAAGUAUAUUUAGCACUUCAGGACAGAUUUUAUUUUGUUUGAUUUUUUUUCCCAAGUCACUGAGCAGUGAUAUUCUUUGUUACUUUGAACCAUUUUCCUGCAAUGAGUGAUAGCUCACCAAUACAUUUCAGUUUUUCUGAAUAAAUAGCAUUUAUGGUAAUCGUAUUGGACUUCUGUUUUCAAUCUCAUAUAGAAGUCUCCGUGAAAUGCUAUGUCAUUUCAUGUCCUGUGUCAGUUUAUGUUCUGGUCCACUUUUCCAGUAUUUUAGUGGGCCCUGAAAUGUGUGUGAUGUGACAUUUGUCAUUUUCAUUAGCAAAAAAGUUGUAUGAUCUGUGCCUUUUUUAUAUCUUGGCAGGUAGGAAUAUUAUAUUUGGAUGCAGAGUUUCAGGGAAGAUAAGUUGGAAACACUAAACGUUAAAGAUGUAGCAAAACCCUGUCAAACAUUAGUACUUUAUAGAAGAAUGCAUGCUUUCCAUAUUUUUUUCCUUACAUAAACAUCAGGUUAGGCAGUAUAAGGAAUAGGACUUGUUUUUGUUUUUUUUUGUUUCGUUGCACUGAAGUUUGACAAAUAGUGUUAUUGAAGGGAUGUGUAAUUUUUCUGUAUAGACAGGAGAAGAAAUAACUAUCUUUUCAUUUGAGAGAGGUAAACUGUUUUCAGCUAGGUGGAAAGUUAGGAGGAUUAUGCCUGCCCUUUGGCCUGAUGACCAAUUUUAACAUAGAGCCUUUUUUAUUUUAUCCUCCCCAAGUUUUGUGCAUUUUUUUUUUUAUAUUUUAAUUUCAAGCUUGUUUCGGGGAGCUAGGAUGGUCAUUGCCAUGUGUGUAUAAUAACCCUGUGAAGUACAGGUACUUUGUCUAAGAAACGUUGGAAGCAGGUUAAAUGUUUUGUAAAGUUUGAAAUAUAAGUUCUAAUGUAUAAGCAGAGUUGGAAAGCAGACUAGGAUUGAUUAACAAAUAAUACUUUUUUGUUGUUAUUUUGGGGGUCUUUUUUGGUGAUGUGUUGGGUUUCAGUUUUGUUUUUGAUUUUUUUUUUAAUGAAUGAAAUUUACUGAGGAGAAAAUAUGUGAAGGACCUUCACUCUAAGAUGUUAUAUUUUUCUUAAAAAAUAACUCCGAGUAGGGGUACCACUGAAUCUGUACAGAGCCGUACAAACCUAAGUUCUGCCUCUGAUGUAUUUUGUGAGUUUGUUUCUUUGGAUUUUCAUUUUACAGUUACUUUUCCUUGCAUACAAAUAAGCAUAUAAAAAUGGCAACAAACUGCACAUGAUUUAACAAAUAUUAAAAAGUCUUUUAAAAGUAUUGCCAAACAUUAAUGUUGAUUUCUAGUUAUUUAUUUUGGGAAUGUAUAGAUUUUGAAAACAGAAAUUGGUACCUUGCACACAUCAUCUGUAAGCUGUUUGGUUUAAAAUACUGUAGAUAAUUAACCAAGGUAGAAUGACCUUGUAAUGUAACUGCUCUUGGGCAAUAUUCUCUGUACAUAUUAGCUACAACAGAUUGGAUUUUAUGUUGACAUUUGUUUGGUUAUAGUGCAAUAUAUUUUGUAUGCAAGCAGUUUCAAUAAAGUUUGAUCUUCCUCUGCUAAA